AACAGAAGGAAAAUACCAAAAUCAAGACCAGAAGCUUUUUAUCAGAAAGAAAAAAAAAAGCUUCAACAAUGGCGAAUCAUGUCCCCGCUAGUUUCUUGACGAGGGCUAAUGCUUUGUUCAGAAAAAACUUAACCUACCAGAAACGGAACAUAUGGAGUAAUGUUCGGCUCAUCGUGAUUCCUUUCUACCUCUGUGUGCUUCUAGUGGGGAUUCAAGUCUUGUUUGAUACACAAGUUAAUAACUCUGCUGAUAAUCGAUGUGGUUGUCGAUGCAUCCACAAAAAUGGAGAUGGAAAAUGCGAAAGAAAGAGUUGUGGUUUACAAUAUUCAUCUCUAACUCAAGCCUCCUUUUGUGCCUUCCCUAACCCUCCACCGUUGCUCCCGUUGCUACAAAUUCCGCGUCCUGAAACUCGUUUAGUUGAUCCUGCCCGUAGCUCGUGCAGACGAACAGGAUCUUGUCCUGUAACUAUACUUGUUACUGGGAAUAACCAUACCCUUGGAGAAACUUUAUCUCGGAAUCUUCUCAGUACUUCUUUCGCGGUGAACUCCUCUGACCAUUUCUUGCGUAAUCUCGCCUACAAUGUCUUGGGUACAAUAUCAGAAGCAGACUACACCAAUUAUCUUGAUCCAGGGAUUCACUCAGAUCUUCCCAUUUUCCAAAUCCGACCUUAUUGCACUCCAACAACCAACUUGUCAUUCUCAUUUCGACAACCACCUAUCACGUUUCAUAAAGAGGUGAGAUGCGUUCAAGGAUUGAAUCUCUGGAGAAAUAACUCAGUAGAGGUCAAUGAUGAGAUCUUUAAGGGCUAUCGUCAAGGAAAUCAUGAAGAGAUCAUCAAUGAGGUCGCUGCAGCAUACGAUCUCUUGGACACUGAUAGGAACAAGUUCAAUGUGACCAUCUGGUAUAACUCUUCUUACAAGGGUAAUUUCAAAGUACAAGAUAGGCGUGUAAAGUAUGUCCGAGUACCUCGCUCAGUCAAUAUGGUUUCGAAUGCAUAUCUUCGGUUUUUGCGAGGCCCGGGAACAAAGAUGUUAUUCGACUUUGUGAAAGAAAUGCCUAAGCAAGAAAGUAUGCUUCGCGUUGAUAUAGCAUCUGUCAUUGGCCCCAUUUUCUUAACAUGGGUUAUUGUUCUUUUGUUCCCUGUGAUCUUGAACUCGUUGGUGUAUGAGAAGCAGCAGCAUCUAAGAAUUAUAAUGAAAAUGCAUGGCCUAGGAGAUGGUCCUUAUUGGAUGAUAACCUACGCUUAUUUUCUCGCCAUAUCCACAUUAUACAUUAUAUGUUUGAUGAUAUUUGGGUCAGCAAUAGGACUGAAGUUCUUCCGCUUUAAUGACUACAGCAUCCAGUUCAUUUUCUAUUUUCUCUGCAUAAAUCUGCAAAUCUCCAUCGCCUUUCUAGUUUCCUCAGCAUUUUCAAAGGUUGAGACAGCAUCAGUUGCGGCUUACUUAUACGUGUUUGGAUCUGGGCUGUUGGGAGGUUUCCUCUUCCAGUUUAUGUUGGAAGGUUUAUCGUUUCCAAGAGGCUGGAUUUUUGUCAUGGAGUUGUAUCCCGGCUUCUCUCUAUAUCGUGGAUUGUACGAGUUCUCUCAGUAUGCUUUGAAGAGACAAUUGAAUGGGAGUGAUGGAAUGAAGUGGAAAUAUUUCAGUGAUAGUGCAAUGGAUGAAGUUUUCUACAUUAUUAUUAUUGAGUGGUUUCUCGCACUCAUUGCAGCAUACUAUAUGGACCGAGUUUCUUCAUCCGCGAAAGACCCUUUUUUAUUCUUGAAAAAUCUCAUCAAGAAAUCUCCUUCUCCACAAAGGCAUAGCUUGCAGAGACUAGGAUCUUCUGUUUCCGUAGAAAUGGAGAAACUAGAUGUCGUUGAGGAGAGAGCAAAAGUCGAGCAGUUGAUGCUUGAGUCGAGCACAAGCCAUGCGAUUGUUUGUGACAAGCUGAAAAAGGUGUAUCCUGGUAGGGAUGGGAACCCACCUAAAAUGGCCGUUGGAGGGUUAUCUAUAGCUGUACCUCCAGGCGAAUGUUUUGGCAUGUUAGGCCCCAACGGUGCAGGGAAGACAUCAUUCAUCAAUAUGAUGACUGGGCUAGUGAAACCAACAUCUGGAACAGCUCUUGUUGAAAGUUUGGACAUAUGCCAGGAUAUGGACAAAGUAUACACUAGCAUGGGUGUUUGCCCACAACACGACUUGCUAUGGGAAACACUAACAGGAAGGGAACAUUUGCUCUUUUACGGAAGACUUAAGAAUCUCAAAGGCUCUGAUCUCAACCAAGCUAUAGAAGAGUCUCUUAAGAGUGUGAACCUAUCACGCGAAGGGGUUGCUGAUAAACCUGCUGGGAAAUAUAGUGGAGGCAUGAAAAGGCGACUAAGUGUAGCUAUUUCACUUAUUGGAAGUCCUAAGGUGGUUUAUAUGGAUGAGCCAAGCACAGGACUUGAUCCAGCUUCAAGAAGGAGCCUAUGGACAGCUAUCAAAGGCGCAAAAAAACACACUGCAAUAAUUCUCACUACUCACUCAAUGGAAGAAGCAGAGUUUCUCUGCGACAGAUUAGGCAUUUUUGUAGACGGAAGGUUACAAUGCGUAGGGAAUCCAAAAGAGCUAAAGGCAAGGUAUGGUGGAUCUUAUGUGUUAACAAUGACAACAUCAUCAGAACAUGAAAAAGAUGUGGAGAUGUUAAUUCAAGAUGUUUCUCCAAACGCCAAGAAAAUAUAUCACAUCGCAGGGACACAAAAAUUUGAGAUCCCAAAAGACGAAGUUCGGAUCGCAGAAUUGUUUCAAGCUGUGGAGAAGGCAAAAGGAAAUUUUAGGGUGUUUGCUUGGGGACUUGCAGACACAACUCUUGAAGAUGUUUUCAUUAAGGUUGCUAGAACUGCUCAGGCCUCUAAUGUCUUCUCAUGAAUUACAUUAUCAUUUUUUUAUUUGUUCAAAGUCAAUAUUUGAUUGUUCAUGUUUGAUCAAAUUGACCAUGCAUAGGUUUGAUUCAUGUAUAUUAUCGUAAUAAAUCGUUUUCAAGGUUGUAAAUUUCUUUGAGGUUCUUAUAACUUGUUUAUUUGUAGAUGAUUUAUGUAUAACAA